ACAUCCUUCGAGCAGCGUGUUAUUAAAUGUUUGUUUAUUUGUGGAUGACAGACAUUUUACCAAUAAUCGGACUGAGUGUAUUACCGAAAUUGUUUUAUUUUUUACGUUUUUUUUCUGAAUGCAACACUCUUCUCACACGUAUUCUGGAGCAACUAUAUGCAUGAUCGCUGAUAUUUUAUAAACGAGAAGCUGCUCUUUUUAUUAAAGGUUGUUGCAUAUAUUUUGGCUUCUUCGGUAUGGCCACUCUGACGAGGCAGGACCUUAAUUUUGGCCAAGUUGCUGCUGACAUUCUGUGUGAGUUUUUGGAAGUGGCCAUUCACCUCAUCCUAUAUGUCAGAGAGAUUUAUCCAUCUGGUAUUUUUCAGAAAAGGAAGAAAUACAGCGUACCUGUGCAGAUGUCAUGUCAUCCUGAGUUAAACCAGUACAUUCAAGACACACUGCAUUGUGUCAAGCCACUGAUAGAGAAGAAUGAGGCUGAGAAGGUUGUAGUGGUGAUCAUGGAUAAAGAGCACCAUCCAGUGGAGAGAUUUGUGUUUGAGAUCUCACCGCCUCCACUGCUAUCCAUCAGCUCAGAGACUCUGCUGUCUCAUGUGGAGCAGCUGCUGAGAGCGAUGAUCUUAAAAAUCAGCGUAUGUGAUGCUGUUCUAGACAAUAAUCCUCCAGGAUGCACAUUCACAGUGUUGGUACACACCAGGGAAGCUGCCACAAGAAACAUGGAGAAAGUUCAGGUCAUCAAGGAUUUUCCAUGGAUUGUAGCAGAUGAGCAGGAUGUUCACAUGGAAGAGGCAAAACUCAUUCCCCUAAAAACGAUGACUUCUGAUAUUCUCAAGAUGCAGCUCUAUGUAGAAGAAAGAACACAGAAAACUUGAUGCUCUGCAAACACAUGAAAGCAGCUGCAGGUGUUUACCAAAGGAAGCAGGAACUUUGUUUUAAUCGCUGACAUCAGGCUUAUUUAUAAACUACGUUUUGCUAACAUGACCGAAGUAUAUUGA